GUUCUUAUUGUAGCAAACAGUAUUUUUUUUUUGGUUUAAGUUGAGUUCACGUUGCGCGGUGAAUGCUCGAUUCGCAAACCUAUCGAUAAGUACCUGCUCGUAAUCGAAAAAUAGACCAAUUCAACUGCAAUGCCAAAAUAAUAGUAAAUAAAUGGAAAAAUGGACGAAGUGGAUAAAAUAAUUAUGCACCAGCUGCAGCAAAUCGAUGACAGCAUCGAGCCCACGGAUCAAUUGGCCAAUUUCACGCCCGAACAGGUGGUGCGCGCUGUGUCCAGCUGCUUGCUGGAAAUCAAUCCUUCGAUGUCGGAGCUGCCACGUUCCCUGCCCGGCGGCGCCAUGGCGCAGCGCUUUUGCGUAGCAACAACCUUGGCCGAGCGCUGCAAGGAACAUGGAUAUCGUGGUGACAUUGGCUAUCAGAUAUUUCUGUACCCCAACGCUGUGGAGCUGCGCCGCCUGCUCAUGUAUCUCAUUGAACGACUGCCACGGGAGAGGCAAAAUCUUGAUGUCGCCGCCAAGGCGCAUGCACUUAGCGCCCGGGAGCAGCUGCAGCGGGAGGUGCGCAAGAAAUUGUCGGACCAAUUGAAGGCGCCUUGGGUGCCGCAAUUCUGCCGCUCCGUGGCCAACCGGCGUAAGCAAGGAUGCAGUUGUCAGUGCAUUGAGUUUAAGCCGCAUCUGAAUCUUAAUGUGCCCGGCGCCAAUCUGGCCGAGCGCAGCAAAGAGGUGCAACAGUAUUUUGAGCAGCUGGCGCCCAACUUAUUCCAGCAGGUGGAUGGCAGCUCAUUCGAUCUCAUCGCCUCGGUCUUGCACAAAAACGACCUGGAACGCUGGAGCGACCAGGUGCCCAAAGCGGUGCUGGGCACCACAGUGCCGGAGGAGCACGUGCCGCCCAGCCCACUGCUGCCCCCAGUCGUAAGCAGUGCUGAGACCGCGGCGCCUGCGCAGCAGCUGGCUGACAAGGUGCAGGAGCUGCGCCAACAAUCCGAGACGCUGUUGGCGCAGCGUAAGACGCUCAGCGCCAGCAUAGGCGCAUUGAAGGCACGCGAAUCUGCAGCAGCAGUGGAAUUGGAGUGCCUGCAAGCCGUGCUGAAGCUGCACGAGCGCAGCUGCCUGGUGCUGGCCGAGCCGGAGCAGAAUGUUGCCAAGCUGGAGGCGCUGCUGCGUGCAACCGAGGCCAAGCGACAGACAUUGACGCAGCAAUGGCAGGAUUAUCGCAGUCCAUUGCUGAGCACACUGGAGAGCCUCAAGUCGGUGAAGGAAACGCAGCAGGUGCAGAGCGUGCGCCUGGCCAUAGAGCAGCUGGAGCAGGAGCUGCUGGCCAAAACCCAGCUGCACAACGAGCUGACCUUGCGCAGUGCCACCCAAACCCAGCUGGCGCCGCGCAAGGAAUACACGCGACGCAUACACGAAUUUAUUGGCAACAUACGCAAGCAGCGAGAGGACAUCUACCGUGUGCUGGAGGACACGCGGCAGCUGCAGAAGCAGCUCAAUGUGGUGGCUGCCCAGCUGGAACGCCAAUUCAACUAUACGGACGACUUGCUCUUCCAGAGCGCCAAGCACGAUCUGCACGCCAAGAAGGCAUACAAGCUGCUGGCACAGCUGCAUACCCAUUGCAGCGAGCUGGUCGAGUGCGUCACCAACACGGGCAGCGUCAGCAAGGAGAUACGCGAGCUGGAGGUGCAAAUCGAUGGCGAAAAGAUGAAGAACGUUUUGGUCAGCCUGCAGCAGAUUACGGGCGACAUCAGCAAGUUCGAGCAGCACAUUCAGGAGCUGCAGACCCAGAUACGCACAGUGGAGAAUGCAAUUACAGCGGGUUAGCCGAGUGGUGGGAAGUAGCUAGAGAAGGGGGGAGAAGGAGGAGCGCCCGCUAAACGAUAUUAGUAUAUAUUACUUAUGUAUUAGUGCCAAUUACAACAGAUCACUCACG